AUGCCUUCACACACGCGACUCACGGCUCAAGAACUUCUAAAGUUGGCGCCUCUUCCAGACGCGGUCGAGAAUGGCCAGGUCGCAAAGCGGUAUAUGAGCCAACGGAGCGCGUGGUAUCCAGAAGAUGAUAUCGCGAUCGCGAGCGAACUUGAGUAUCCAGGAUUGCAAAAUAAACCUCGAAGCCGGAAAGUAGCGUACGGUGGACACGUGUACAGCCAAGCUGGAAUGGCUGCAUCAAAAGCCCUUGCAGAUAUGCAGACGUCGCAGGCCGGUGCUUCUCCAAAAGAAGUCGGCAUUCAUACUAUUCAUGGAUACUUCUCGGAGGCCGGCCUCAUAGAUAGGCCUUUUAUCUACACUGUAACUACUCUGGCGCCAAAUCCUUCAUUCCCAAACCUCCUCGUCACAGUGCGGCAGCCUCUGUCAUCCAGCACCAAUCCAGCCGGAGAUCAUUUCCCGCUCGCCGACGCCGAGCUGCCCCUCGGCCCAGCCUGCUUCAACGCCAUAGUAUCCUUUAGACCGGCUGUAGUCUCACAGCAUGUAGCCCAGGAACUGCCAGUGCAGGCGCGGUUUGCAGACGUCCUGAGCUCGCGGGCCCCCUCGGCGUGGGACCCGGCACCGCAUGUAGAUAUCGCCAAGACAGUAGACCUGUUUCCGAUGCGAAACCCUGGCACAUUCCCCGCCGUCGAGAUGAGGAAGGUCGAUCUCGCCUCCUUUAACGAGGGCAAGCCGCUCCACGAGCGCCGGGAGCUCAUCCUAUAUCGGCUGCUCGCCCCUCUGCCCGCGGAUAGUCCCGAUUCGCACAUCUGCACUCACGCGUACGAGGCGGAUAGAAAUGGGCUGCUUAUGAUAAGCAAUCACGUCGGGUUCGGGUACGACUUCGGUCGUGCGGCUAGUCUGAGCUAUUCGUUCGUGGUGCAUGUCAAUCCCGAGGACGCGGCAAUGUCCUAUGGCGAAAACGAGUGGUGGAUCCAAGAAGCGUGCUUCCCUCGACUGGAAGCCGGGAGGGGCAUCAUUAUGAGCAAGAUCUGGAGCCCGAAAGGCGUGCACGUAGCUACGGAAUAUCAGGAUGGCAUAUGCCAGCGCCAAUGGAAACUAGGCGAGAGGAAGGGGAAACUAUAG